GCACGGCGCGCGCUAGUGUGUGUGCGCGCGGCGGUGUGCGCGUCGCUCGUUCCCUCCACCAUUGUUGUGUGCAGUACGCUCGCGGAACCCGAGACUGAAGCGGCGUGUUUCACGCUCGCGCGCCACCCAAAACUACCGGCCGAUAAACAAAAUAAUGACCAGUGUACCACAUUACGUGGAUCGCGAGUGCAACAAGCGACAACAGUGUGUGAUAGCGAGAAUGUAACGUGCGUGUUGUGUAUGAAGAAUAGUGCGUUUUGAACGUGUUUUGGAGUUCGCUGUGGACCCGCCAUGCUCGUGUUUAGAUGCAGUAGCCUAACGGAACACCUCAACCGUAGCUUAAGUUCGACUGGACAAAGUUCUGUGAUCUCAUUUUGAAACGCCUAAUAGUGUUAGUGGACACAUUGACUCCAAAGACAAUGGUGGUGUAACUAGUGCCGUCAUGGAUGACAGAUAAAUUAUUGAGGAUAAUGGAAGUUGGGGCAGUGGGCUCGUGAAAAUGCCGCAUGCGCACUCGAGUUCUGCUCCGAGCUCGGGCGGCGACGACCUGGGCUCCACUGAUGAGGUCAAAGUGUUCAAGGACGAAGGCGACGGGGAAGACGAGAAACGAAGCUCCGAGAACCUUCUGGAAGAGAAGUCGAGUCUCAUAGAUUGGACUGAGAGCGAGAUACAAAUUUCAGCGUUGAACUUGCUCUCCAAUACGGAGAAAUCCGGCGAGCCUUAUUCCGGUAAAUUAUCGGUGAAGUCGGAUCUUAGUCCUGUUUUUGGUAAAUUUGACCCUCACCCGGCAGCAGGCUUCAACAUGGGCUACCUCAUGGCGCCUUACCCUUACCCCAACGGUGGGGCGCAUCCCCUUCCCGUGUCUAUGACGGGUAAGAUGGGCCUUCCGGCCGGCGGAGGGCUGUCCCUCUUCUGUCCUGGAGGCGACCUCGGCCAGCCCCCGCCCGCGCACAUGGGCAUACCUCCUCCGUACCAGCUAGAUUCUAAGUUGGCAGCGGGUCUGGCGCGGACGCCGAUGUACCCCUACCCUGGGGGCACCUUCCCCUACCCCAUGCUCAGUCCGGAGAUGUCGCAAGUUGCAGCCUCGUGGCAUACCCCGAGCAUGUACCCCAUAUCUUCGGCGGCCAGCGGGUUCCGGAGUCCGUACCCCACCUCGCUGCCCAUCACUAGUUCUAGUCUAUCGAGCAUGUAUGAUGGUGUUCGUAGUGAGUUAUACCGGUUCUCCCCGACGCUGGGCGGAGGCCUAGGGCUCGGCCUCGGGCCAGCGCUGGUGCCCCCGCCGCCGUCUAAGGCGGACCUCGAGUCACACCACUCGCGGUAUGCGAGGUCAUUAGAUAAAAGUGGUGGCAGUACCACAUCGGAAAAACCCUCGGAAAGUACAGCCAACUCCAAUAGUAAGGAUGCAAAUAAGAAGCCCCAUAUAAAGAAGCCGCUUAAUGCCUUCAUGUUGUAUAUGAAGGAGAUGAGGGCGAAAGUCGUCGCCGAGUGUACCCUGAAGGAAUCAGCAGCGAUCAACCAGAUCCUAGGAAGACGGUGGCAUUCGUUGAGUCGCGAAGAGCAAGCCAAGUACUAUGAGAAAGCCCGUCAAGAACGUCAACUACACAUGCAACUGUACCCCGGUUGGAGUGCAAGAGACAACUACGGUUACGGUUCGAAAAAGAAAAAGCGGAAAAAGGACCGCAGUCCUGCUGAGUUGGGAGGAAAUAAUUUGAAGAAAUGUCGAGCGAGAUAUGGACUCGACCAACAAAACCAGUGGUGUAAACCUUGCAGGCGGAAGAAGAAGUGCGUACGCUACAUGGAAGCCCUCGCAGCGGCCUCAGGGACCGUCCCGCUUCCCAUGGUGACUCCUCAGUCCCCCUGCUCUGAAGACGACGUUAAGCUUGAAGAGUUGUCGGACGCCUCGAGCGAUGGCGACGCCGAUACUCCCCUAAACUCCGCGUCUAGUCCCGGAGGUUUGAGUGCUCUUUCGUCUCUUGCGUCGCCGGCGUCCGACCCGCCUCCCAACCCUCCUAGGAACCCCGUGGGUACGAACCCUAGAGACGCGAACAAUCCUCUGUCAGUGGGACAAUUGACGUCGCAAUCGUGGCCGCGCGCCGCGCAGUCCCGGCCAGGGCAUGAGGUGAUAUCAGUGUCAUAGCGGUGUGGGACCGUCGUCACGUACACGACUCUAGGAUUUCUGGGGCUGGUUAGCGCGUGAUGCGCUCUGUAGUGGUUUUCACUUGAGAUCUUAAUUCACUUUUUGUACAAAAGUUAUCCAUGUUUUAUUUAACCGAACGAAGACAUUGCUUAAUUUUAAGCCGUUUGGCUUACCAAGUUGGAACCACGACAAAGUUCACAUCACAUUCGAACGCUUUAAAAUUACUUGAUUUACAAUUUUGCUGUUAGAAUUUGCAUAUAACCUUUGAUAAUCGUCUGCAAAAGUAAAAAUGUAAGUCAAAUAAUUUUAAAUUUCGAUACGUGUGGCGCCAUCUAUUGGCGAGCUAGUGCAACUAACCAGCGCCAUCUAGCGGAUAUACACCGAAGCAGGUCGUGUUGAUUGUGAUAUAAAUAGUACCAGUUGCAAAGACCGAUGGAAACCAACGGAACAUUGGACUAUACAGUGUUAUUUUUCACUAUGGACUGGAUGUAUGAUAUCUAGGAAUACCGGCAUUUUUGUGUACAUUAGUUCAUAGUUUUUAAAAUUGUUAAACGAUCAUUAUUUAUGAUUUUCAAAAGUCAAUUUAAUAUGUUAUUCUGAAUACCACUUUAAAACGUUAAUUUAAAUGAACAUAUUAAAUAGUAUUUAUCAAGAUAUGAUAAUAUUAUUGAAUUUUCUUUUGAAAAUGAAAUACUUUUAUAGUUACUUGACAAGCAAAAUACAUAUAAAAUAUCGUUUUUAUUUAAAUGAAAAAGGCCUAAUAUCUGCAUAACAUCUUUACCUACCAAAUGUACGGUAAUUCUAGAAAUCAGCGCAGUCACAAAACUACAUAACUAAUUUUAAAAACAGUCAUAUAAAUAUGAUCUCAAAAUUGUGACCCCUCGUCAAGUCAUAUAACGCAUUUCUAAAAACACACACUUUUAAUACCCCAAUAGAUAUUUCUUUACGACUAGUCACAUUUUCAUGUGCCAUUUAUUUCAUAUUUUCAGAGGUAUAUAUCUCUUUUAAUAAAUUCAUGAGACUUGAUUUUUAAAAUUAACUGUUUUAAAAUAAUAUUUGGAUAUUAAAAGUGUUGUUAGUACCUACUGUCGCGGUUCUCCCAAGAUAGUCGACGAAAACAAUUUAAAUUUUGUAUAUCUGUAUGUCUGUUACUCCUUAGUCAUCGAAAGAAUCAAACUGUAUGUCUGUUUUCAUACAAUCUCUGGUCUUUUCUUGUUGUUUAGAUAGUUCUGACAGGGUGUUCAAAUACCUAACAUGUUAUCUAUAUCCUUAAUGCACUUGAACUUGUAAGAAUAUUAUUCUUAAAAUCGCUGAAUCGAUAUUUUGCCGAUUUUUAUAAAUUACAUAAGCAUUAUUUUUAAAUCAAACUUGUCCACCAGAAUCGGCCCCAUUCUGAGAUAAUGGAAUACAUCCUUCAGUGGUUGUUUACCUGUCUGUUUUGAACUGCAAAUCGUCAUAAAAUAAUAAAAUAAUGAGUUAAAAGGUAACUGUGGUAUAAAGUGGUAUUUUUUGCAGUUACAAAUCACUUAUAACUAAUUUAUGUCACGCCACCAGAACAUAUUUUAAGAGGAUACUUUAGUGUAAAAAUGAUUUAAUUAAAAAGCAACCUUCUUCAAAUACCUUUCAUGAUUUGUCAGCUCGAGAGAAUGAACAAAACUAAUAUAUAAUUAAUACUAAUAUAUAUAAUUAAUGAAAUAUUAUUCAUCAUCAUCUAAAUAUCAAUGUUUUUACAAUUAUUUGUUCUCAUACAAUACACCGCUCUCUGUCAGGGCACUCACAAUUUAUGACAUUAAUUUUCCUAAUAACGAACGGCCUGCACCAUAAAGUCCCAUGUAGCGUUAGAUUUUAGUUUUUAAAUGUUUUCCCUUUGCUAAAUGUAUGUAAAAAGUAAUAUUUAAGGCAUAGCGGAGGGAAAAUUGUUUUUCCGUUGUGCGGAACUCAUUAGACUGUCGUAGGUUAGAAUAGGCAUGUUGUAUGAGUGAAAUUAUUAUCGUUGGUUUUGUACCGAUUGCCCUCAAAAGCAUUUUUUUUUGACGAAAGUAUUUUGCUUACAUUUAUUGUGGUGCGCCAUCUGUUGUCUUUGUUAUGAACUACGAUUCUUGUAUUUAAAGAUGUAGGUUCCUAUUUUAACCGCGACACUGUAUUGGCGCUGUUGAUUUUCAAUGAUUUUUGUUCGCAUGCUUUUUAUUAGUUUUUGGAAUGGAAUUUAUUAAAAUUGGUUUUUUGGUACAACACCAACCUUUGUAUAUGUGUAAGUACAUACAUGAUGUAAAUGUAUAAAAUAUAGGUUUAAUCUAACUGUGUCAUAUUAGAAAUUAAGUGUACUAUGCUACUUACAUAUUAUUACUAUAUAAAAAAAGGAGUUUUAAAAGAAAAAAUAUUAGUUGAAUACUGACUCGGAACGGAAUAAUUACAUUAAAUACAUAUCCAGGACAUUAUUUUACCAAUUUGUACCAAUAAUGAAGAGUUGGCAAAUCGCUAAUAUUUGUACAUACAUAUUUGUAAUUCUUGAAAAAUUGAUAUUUAGAACAUUUUGGUAUAAAAAUAUUGCAUUUAUAUUAUUAUUAUUAAAGAAAUUAGUGCCCUCGGAAUGUUCAGAUGGUUUGUUUGUCCGACACAUCUUUUGUUAAUUACUUUUUUAUUGUUAUUAUUAAGAAUUUUAACGUUGUUAACUCCAAUGAAACCCAUGACUUAAAUUGUGCUCUCGACGACCGCGAUAUGAUUUGAAAAUAUUAUUUUAAACACAGACCAUCAUGUAUUACCGAUUAAAAUACAAUUCUACAUGAUUUUAUAUACAUUUUGACCACGAAAUAUUGAGAAAAUAUAUAAUAUUUUGAUCAUUCGUCUGAUUUUGCAUGAAAUCUGAUGAUGUGCAAUAAUAAAUGUAUGGGUACUGUAUAGUUUCUAAAUAUAAAUUAGAUUUUUCUUAAAAUUUAAUUUUUAAGGUCUAUUUUUUUAAAGAAAAAUUAUAUGGUUUUUCAUUUUGUUUUAGCACACAAGGUUGCUCUUACGUUCUUCCUUUUUUUAAUUUUUUUUUAAUGAUUUAAAUUUUCUUUUUAAUUUAUGAUUUGACAAUUGAGACCCGUGCCAAAACCAUCUAGAACGAGAAAUAGAUUUUCAGGGAGUAAAAUGGACAGUAAUGUAACUAUUAUAAAUAUCUGUGCCAAAUUGUAACUAUUACUCUGGUUGGUAUUUUAUAAUACCUCAUACCUCUGAAGGUCAUUUAUGUUGAUAGAUUUUAUAGGUUGUUUUUAUUGUUAAGAGGGUAAAGACAUGGCUUAUGAGAGCCAGUUUUUUUUUGUAGAGAAAAUUUGUCAAAUUAGUAAAACUCAAUUAUUAGGUCUGGUCCCCUGUCUUGUGUUCAGUUGAACGAUUAUUUUAAUAAACAACUUAAAAUUUUUAA